GCUGCCUUGUGGCCCCACAUGAACAACCCUCCAGGCAAUGGCUCCACAAAUGGUAAAUCAUGCAAGGGGCCCUUCUGUGCUGACCCCCACACAGAAGGAACGAGGGGGCUGAGGCGAGAAGAAAGCCUGGAGGCACGGUCCCAGGAGAGACUGGUUGCUACUCACUUGAACGUCCAGGCUGGAGAGUGCAUCAAAGUGAAGGGGAAGAUCUUGCCGGAAGCCAAGGGGUUUGCUGUGAAUGUGGGGAAGGACCGCAGCAACCUGGUGCUGCACUUCAACCCACGCUUCGACAGCCACGGGGAUGUGAACGUCAUUGUGUGCAACUCCAUGGAGGAUGGGAUGUGGGGGACAGAGGAGAGGGAGACUGACUUUCCCUUCCAGCAGGGUGACAAGACUGAGAUCUGUAUCUCCUUUGACACAGCAGAGCUGACGGUGAAACUGGCUGGUGACAAGGAGAUCGUGUUCCCCAAUCGGCUGGGCCUGCAGAACAUUGAGUACCUGUCUGUGGAAGGUGACUUUGCCAUCAAAGCCAUUAAGUUUAGCUAACUGCUUAGUCCUAUUCCUUCCACCUCCCUGCUCAGUGAAAUAAAUCUAAACUUGGCCUUCAA